UCGAAGCCGGCCGGCAUUUUCCUCUGUUUCGCUUGUUGUUCAGUUCGUCAUCCGCAUUCGAGUGAUGCAGUUCAGUUCGAUUGUGAGUUUUGGAGAUAACUCAUUACAAGUUCAAGGUUAAGGCAUUUAUUUGAAGAGAAAAAAAUAUACAAGUUCAGAAAGUAUUAUCAAAGAGUAAAAUUCUGUGGUUUAAAGCUUGAGAUAACACACUUGUAAAUAAAUCCAGAGUUAAAGCAUCAGUAACAAACCAGCGAAUAAACCAACGGACAAUGACGGCCGACCGCAAGCUGGACGUGAUCAUAUUCGGCGCCAGUGGAUUCACUGGCAAGUACACUAUCUACGAAGGAAUUAAAAUUCUGGAAGGACUGAAAUGGGGCAUCGCCGGUCGCAACAAGGAUAAACUGGCCACGGUACUUCAAGAGGUAGAAAAGAAAGCAGACAAAGAUCUUUCGGAAACACCGAUUAUAAUCGCUGAUGUAAAAGAUCCGGAAUCGUUGAAGAAAAUGGCCGAACAGUGCAAAAUUGUAGUCAACUGUUGUGGGCCGUACCGGUUCUAUGGUGAACCGGUAGUGAAAGCGUGCAUUGAAGCUGGCACCCAUCAUGUGGAUGUUAGCGGAGAGCCACAAUACAUGGAACGAAUGCAGCUACAAUAUAAUAAACAGGCCCAGGAAAAAGGAGUUUACAUCGUAUCCGCCUGUGGUUUUGAUAGCAUUCCAGCUGAUAUGGGAACGGUGUUCCUGGAAAAGGAAUUCGACGGUGUGGUUAAUUCGGUUGAAACAUUCCUGGAGACAACAAACAAAACAAAAUCAGGUGGUGCAGUCAUUCACUAUGGAACGUGGGAGUCUGCCAUCUAUGGGCUAGCCCAUGCCAAUGAACUUAGAGAAAUACGAAGCCAGCUAUACCCAGCAAGAGUGCCGAAUUUUCAACCAAGAUUGAAGAGCAGACCAGUGGUACACAAAGCCAGAUUCAUGAACAAUCGAUGGUGUCUUCCUUUCCCGGGAUCCGAUCGAUCGGUGGUGUUAAGGUCGCAGCGAUACUUUUACGACAACGAUAAGAAACGACCGGUUCAAAUGAAAGCAUAUGUAGCCUUCCAAUCUUUCAUCGAAGUACUAGGUGUAUUACUCGUGGGAGCCGUAUUUGCCAUCAUGACUCGGUUCAAGCUUGGUAGACAGCUAUUACUGAAAUAUCCGCGUUUCUUUUCGGCGGGAUUCAUUUCACAUGAAGGCCCAUCGGAGGAGAUGAUGAAGAACACCGAGUUUGCAAUCUACUUCAAAGGCGAAGGCUGGAAUAAAGACGAAGCAAUGCUGGAACCGUCCGAUCAGUUUAAGGCUGCACCUAAUCAGAAGAUCAAGGUCAAGGUUUCGGGAACCAAUCCCGGAUACGGGGCGACCUGUGUGGCGCUACUAUUGUCCGCCACAACCAUACUGAAGCAGAGCGAUAAGAUGCCAUCGACGGGAGGUGUUUUUCCACCUGGAGCUGCUUACUCUAAAACCAAUCUGAUUGAAGAACUAAGCAAGAAUGGCUUCAAGUUUGAAGUGCUUAAAUGAGCGGCUGCGUGGUUACCCAUUGCUUGAGGACGAUUGUGCAUGGGAUAAAAUACGUUGAAGUCGUAUUUUUUGCAAAAAAAAUCGCUAAAUGUUACUAGCAAGACUUUUCUAAUUAUUACUAAUACAAGCACAACAUAUUUCUAUUUAUUCGGGAUAAAAUAUUCAUUAAACUUGUAUUUUUUUGUUUCUAUCACUUUUUCGGUGAGAAAUAUAUUUGAUAAUAGUAAUUAC